GUCGACGGCUGCGCAACUCAGGCUCCGCCCAUCGUCAUCUAUGAUAUUCUCUCUAUCAUCCCCUGCUGUAUCGAGCCCGAGUCUCUUUCCAACUUCGACUACAUCAGAUGCAUCGCUAGGCAAAGGUAUGCCCCAGGAAGGGGCCACGAGCUCCUGGGAAUCAAUGUCUUCUACAAGACCGGCCUCUGGCUCUUUGUCAAGCAUAUAUGGAGGCCCAGUGUUAUCCCGUUUCUCUGCGUCUUCGUUACAGUUGCCGAUGCCAGCAUCAUCUUCCUUUGCACCAAGACGAUCCACAGAAGAUUUUAGCCAAAGUCACCUUCCCCUUUUACCAACUGCCACGCAAUCUUGGACGUCGUUGCCUACUAAUAACUCCACAACUGGGGUACAGCAAGCGGAUGCAACAACAUUACAUCCUUCUCCCGCUAAUUCCGUGGGUUCGAUUCAUAGACAAGUGCCCCCUACAACGAAUUCACCACCGUCGUUCCACACCGCAUUGUCAUGGCCUACUCAGCCUCCAGACAACAAAAGUCCAUGGCUGUCGACUCUACCUCCGAAGCCUCCAACUCCAGAUCAGCCUAUCAUCUCAAUAAAAACACCAUUACCGGGAAAAACUUCACAAGACCUAUCGUCACAACAAUUCAGCACAAUGAACUCACCAGGACCUGUGGACCCAUAUGAACUCUGGGCAGAACCGGCAACAUCUCAACCUAACCUAGAUUUCAUUGCGGAGAUGAUGGGAGACCUCCUAGUGAGGCCGCUCACCGCGGUACCCAGUGAUAUUCAUCCUUGGGAAUCACAAUCAAUCGAUUCCUUCAAAGAGCUAACCUCGAACAUUCGUACACGCAACCCAAGCCUCCAUUUCCCGUCCGAGAUGCCAGCAGAUUCCACACCUCAUGACUCCAUGCCUAGUUAUGCUCCACAAGUCCCCGAAAAGGUGCAUCAACCGAGGUCCGACGAGAUGCCUUCACAAACAUUUACCUUCUCUCAGGUCCCUCAAGCUCUAGAUUCAUUUACAUCUUCUCUGCUCACAUCUCGCACCUCAGCGCCCCAAAAAGCUCGCAGCUUCUCGGAGGGCACCUCGACGUAAGUUGCAGAAGGCAAUUCUGAGCUGAAAGUUGCUGACAAUCCCUCAG